AUUAACAUAAUGGAAAUCGAUUAAACAUGUACACAACAUCCGAAAUAAAAGAUUAGCUGGGUUUGUUUAGAAAAAUAGUGUUCUUAAAGAGUUAUGUGUUCAACUUGUGCUGUUAAAAUCCAUGAAAAAUCACAUAAAGUAUUUUGAAUUGACAUUUAAAAAGUUAGAAGAACUUUCAAAUUUAUUAGAAAAUGGUGUGUUAUAAAUGUAUUAAAGUAAUAACAAAAAUGUAAGUGCAGGACUAAAAUAUUUAAUAAAUGGAGAACCAGAGUUAAUUUAAGAAGAAAAUAGAAUUGGAAAUGAGAAUUAUUAUUUUUAAAGUGUUAUAGAAAGAAAUUUAAAAGGAGUUUAAAAAAAAAUAGAUGCUUUUAAAAAAGAAUUUUAAGAUAAAUAAAAGGAGAUUAAAUAAAACCACUAAGAAGAGAGAAAUAAAAUUUUUAAUGAAUUAGAACAAUUAAAUUAAAAAAUUAAAAUUUCAGAGGAUGUUGGAAAUGAUAUUGAAGAAGCUUUUAAAAAGAUUUAAUCUUAUGUCAAUCAUAAAGAAUAUGAAUUUAAAAAUAAUAAAGAAGGAGAGAUUGUAAAUAAAAAGUAAAUUUAAUAAUAUCAAUAUGUAGAAUUACACUUUUAAACUUAAUGAAAGAUAACUUUAUAAGAAUGAUAAAAACUUAUUUUAGUAAUGCUUUUACAAUUGAAUUCUGUAAGUUAUUUGAUAUGUAAAUGGAAACAUUAAAUUCAAAGGAAGUUUAAGAUGUGAAUGGUUUUUUAGAUUAUGUAAAUAGCAAAUGGAAACAAGAUUAUAAGAACCUGUAGACAUCAAUAGAAAAAUUUGUAUAAAAAUUACAUGAAGGACUUAAAUAUAUAAUUUAAUUACCAUUAUAAGAAGAGAAAGUAAUUAUAAUAGAAAUAAAUAUUUAGCCUUUAAAAUAAUAAAUAGUUGUUCCAUAAUUUACUUCUCCUGCUAGAAAUCCAGUGUAAUAUUAACAAUAAACUUAAUUUGUACCAUUAACACCUUUUAAUUAAGUGCCAUCUUAAUUUUAAUUCCAUUAAUAAAUUGCACAAACAGGUUAAAGAGUAUAUUAAAAUUAAAAUUAAUUCCAUUCAGCCCAAGUACAAAAUGUUGAAGUAGAAAAUGAUUACUUUACAUAAUCAUAAAUAAUCUAUGAAGAGCCUUAAAUUCGCAAUAACACAAGACCUGAUUUUGUUAGUUAGAGUUUAUAAUAAUAUUAAUGAUAUAAAAUUUAUAAGAAGCAGAAACACCAAUCAAAAAGAAAAUAAAUAUUGAAGAUUUUAUCAAAAUUUAA